CCAUUCUUUCAUCUCUUCUCUCCUAAUAAGAAAGCUUCCUUUAAUUUCUAUCUCUUGAUAGCUUGCCUUCCGUUCAAGUCUAGAAGAAACUAUCAAUGGCUGUCCACGAGCCUGAAAUUAUUGGCUCUAAACAAGAGGAGGCGGUGAAUAAAAAUGAGAGGAAGAACUCAGGAGGAUGGAAUUAUGCAAGUCUCCUGCUGGUGAAUCAGAGCCUAGCAACGUUAGCUUUCUUUGGAGUAAGUGUGAACUUGGUAUUGUUCUUGACCAGGGUUCUAGACCAAGAUAAUGCCGAUGCUGCGAAUAAUGUCAGCAAAUGGACCGGAACCGUUUACCUCUGUUCGUUGAUCGGAGCGUUCCUCAGCGAUUCUUACUGGGGUUGUUACUUGACGUGUGCCGUCUUUCAGCUCAUACUCGUGCUGGGUUUGGGGCUAUUGUCCUUUGCUUCAUGGCUUUUCUUGAUAAACCCUGCUGGUUGUGGCGAUGGAACGAAGAUAUGCACACGCUCGUCUCCAGUUGGUGUCGGUAUCUUUUACUUAUCGAUAUAUCUGAUUGCCUUCGGAUAUGGCGGGCAUCAACCGACGAUAGCCACUUUCGGAGCAGACCAGUUCGAUGAUUCGAACCCGAGGGCGGCCUAUUCGAAAGCUACAUUCUUUUGUUACUUCUACUUUGCACUGAACGUCGGAUCUUUGUUUUCGAACACCAUACUGGUUUACUACGAGGAUUCAGGAGAAUGGACGCUAGGCUUCUUGGUUUCGUUAGGUUCUGCAAUUAUAGCCUUACUAUUGUAUUUGUUGGGAACAUCAAGAUAUAGGUAUGUAAAGCCAUGUGGCAACCCACUGCCACGAGUCGGCCAAGUAUUCGUCGCCGCUUAUCGGAAGUGCGACGUCUUGCCGGCUACUGCCGAUGAAUUGUAUGAGGUGGAAGGAACAGAAUCUGCAAUCAAAGGCAGCAGAAAGAUUCUUCACAGUGACGAUUUUAAGUUCCUGGACAGGGCGGCUACAAUAACAGAAGAUGAUAUGUGUGGAGAAGAUCCAUGGAGGCUUUGCACUGUAACUCAAGUUGAAGAAGCCAAAUGUGUACUAAAGAUGUUACCUAUUUGGCUAUGCACCAUAAUUUACUCUGUCAUCUUCACUCAAAUGGCAUCCCUUUUUGUGGAGCAAGGAGAUGUAAUGGCCUCGAAACUCGGACACUUCCGCCUUCCGGCUGCCAGCAUGUCGGCUUUCGACAUCUGUAGUGUUCUCAUUACCACCGGAAUCUACCGUCAAAUCCUCGUGCCAUUGGGCAGAAGAUUAAACGGUAACCCCAAGGGAUUGACCGAGCUUCAAAGAAUGGGAAUCGGCCUCGUGAUCGGAAUGUUUGCAAUGGUCGCAGCUGGUGUCACCGAGAUACAAAGACUCAAAUAUGUGAUCCCGGGCGAGAAAAAAAGUUCUUUGAGCAUAUUUUGGCAAGUUCCACAAUAUGUUCUAGUCGGCGCAUCAGAAGUUUUCAUGUACGUCGGUCAAUUGGAGUUCUUCAACGGACAAGCUCCCGACGGCAUUAAAAGCUUCGGAAGCUCCCUUUGCAUGGCGUCCAUUUCACUCGGAAACUACGUUAGCAGUUUAUUAGUUAGCAUGGUUAUGGGGAUCACAGCAAGAGGUGGCAGUCCGGGUUGGAUCCCGGCCGACUUGAACCAAGGCCAUAUGGACCGGUUCUACUUCCUUAUCGCCGGUCUAGCCGCUCUCGAUUUUAUAAUCUACGUGUUCUGUGCCAAAUGGUACACAUGUAUCAACCUUUACACCAACGAGAAGGAGAUUCAACUCGAAGAACAACAAAAGGACAUGCUUGCAAAGGUUUAAACCCUCUUGAACACUAAAACAAAGUGCCCUAGCUUGUUUGAUUAACAUUUUCACAUAGGAGGCAUGACC